UGCAUCUCCCCUCUCUCUCUCUCUCUCUCUCUCUCGAUAUGGUCUCUGCAAGCGCCAAAAAAGCAAGGAUGUAUAUUUAGAAAGAAAAUUUGGAAGUUCAAAUUACAAACCCUCCAAUUAGGCCAAAACCCACUUCAGACAAACCGAUUCUUCCUCCCAAUCAUCCAUUUCCUUCGGAACCCUCUUUCAUUUUUGUUAUUUCAGGACAAAAAAACACCUUCUCUUUGAUUCCUUAUCUUCUUCUUCCCCACAAAGUAGCAGCACGAAGAUCUGUCUGCUUCUAAUUUUUGUGCUUCUAUUUGUGGGUUGUGAUUUAAUCCCUCUCUCUCUCUCUCUCUCUCUCUCUCUCUUCUGAACUGUAGUUUAUUCUUCUGUUUUCCCUUGUGCUUUCUCUUUCUCUGAUCUGGGGGUGGUGCUCUGUAAAUUUUCAACUUUCUCGCGAACCCAGUUGAGAAAAGCUUCAGAAAUAAUUUUCUUUAAGAUGUGGGUUGCUUUGACGUUCUUUUUCCUAUCAAACCCUUGGUUAUCCAUUUCCAGAAAGUUCAGCUUUAGAUCAUCCACUUUCAGGUUUUUAGCCUUCAAAAUUGAACGUUUCGUGGUUCCAACACCCUACGGAUUUCAAAUUUAACCCCGCUUUCCCUCAUUUUCUCUUUGUUUCUCUUGAUCCAUUGUUAGUGUUGGGGAAUCAGCAACGGCAAUUUUGGAGUUGACAGUGAUCUAUAGUUUAUCUCUUCUGUAAAGCCGGUAUUCAUGUAGUAAAUUUCGUUUAUCUCUUAGCCCGUGGAUGUAGGUAAUUUGCUGAACUAUGUUAAAUAUGUGUCUUUGAGUUUGACUCUACGUGGGCGUGAUAGAAUUCGUUUCUGUUUGUUUUAUUCCGCAUUAAGUGGUAUCAGACUCAGGUUACGUAGCAAUUAGAAUACCAUAUACAAUGUUUGGGACUCAGAGCACAAGAGACAUAGCCUUAGAGUUUCAGGCCCAGUUUCCAGUUUUGAGGCCAAGCAUUCAUGCCAGAAGGGCAAACAUCAUUGUAAAGUUCCAAGACAUUUACGGGUUUACAGUAGAAGGCAAUGUGGAUGAUGUUAAUAUAUUGAAUGACGUCAGGGAAAAGGUUAGGCAGCAGGGUAGGGUUUGGUGGUCUUUGGAGGCCAGCAAAGGAGCCAAUUGGUAUUUUCAGACUCAGCUUUCAUCUACCAUUAAAUCUUCCCUUAAAUUUUCAGCUUUAGGUAAUGCAAUUACGCUUAAGAGGCUCAUCAGGAAGGGGAUUCCCCCAGCACUGCGGCCUAUGGUCUGGUUUCCACUCUCUGGGGCAGCUAAGAAGAAGUCUACAGUGCCCGACAGCUACUACAAUGAUUUAACCAAGGCUGUUGAGGGUAAGGUCACCCCUGCGACCCGGCAGAUCGAUCAAGAUCUACCACGAACGUACCCGGGUCAUCCAUGGUUGGACACUCCAGAUGGUCAUUCUGCUCUCAGACGUGUUCUUGUGGCUUAUUCUUUCCGUGAUUCUGAAGUUGGUUAUUGUCAAGGUCUCAAUUAUGUUGCAGCACUGUUGUUGCUUGUGAUGAAAACAGAAGAAGAUGCGUUUUGGAUGUUAGCUGUGCUCCUAGAAAAUGUCUUGGUUAAUGACUGCUACACAAAUAACUUAUCAGGAUGCCAUGUUGAGCAAAAGGUGUUUAAAGAUCUUCUAGUGCAAAAAUGUCCAAAGAUGGCUGCUCAUUUAGCAGAACUUGAGUUUGAUGUCUCCCUUGUUGCCACUGAGUGGUUCCUCUGCCUCUUUUCCAAGAGCUUGCCCUCAGAGACAACUUUGAGGGUGUGGGAUGUGCUCUUCUACGAGGGAGCCCAGGUCCUAUUUCAUGUUGCUCUGGCUAUAUUCAAGAUGAAGGAAGAAGAGUUGCUUUUAACGUGUCAGCUUGGGGAUGUAAUUAGCAUACUACAGAAAACCACCCAUCACCUCUUUGAUCCGGAUGACCUACUAACGGUUGCUUUCGACAAGAUAGGAUCUAUGACAACCAACACCCUGUCAAAGCAACGGAAAAAGCAGGAACCGGCAGUCAUGGCAGAGCUCGACGAGCGAUCCAGACGCCUAAAUUCUAUGAGCACGAGUUACAAAUAGUUGAGUUUUUGCAACAAAGUAAUAUCAAAUUGUAUCAUAUCAGGCAUGGAUGGAGCUUAGGGGUGAGGGGGAUGACUCAGUUCCCUCUUCUUUCCCACCCAGUUCAUUUCCUCCAAGAAAAAAAAAAAAAGAUUAGUUAGUAUUCUAAUUUAACAUUUACAUCUAUAAUGAUGUUUUUUUCUUUGUUUGGUCCAUGUAAAUUAGGAGAAGUAUGCUUGGGAAAAUGAUUGUGCCAAUGAUUACUGUUUUAAUUAGAUUCUCAUUUUCAUGGAA